CAACCUCUUUGUUUGUCACAUUCAUUUGCGUUUUCCUCCUCCUUUCUCUCUCUCUCUCUCUCUUUCUCUCUCAGCCACCGCAGACGACUUUCUUUUUUCUUUUCUUCAGAUGGCGGAAGCUUGAGCGAAGUCUUAAAGCAAAAAGUUGGAGAAUUUCUGAUUGACACCUGAUAUUCAGGACUCGUAUACAAUCUUGUGUAUAGUUGAAUUACGAUAUUUUCUUGAUUCGGGUUUCUGUGAUCCAUGGGGAUCUUUGAAGAAAUGGGUUUCUAUGGAAAUCUUGAUUUCCUUUCGGCCUCUCAAUGUGAGGGGGAGCGGCCACAUGAAACCGAACAAGAGGCACCUGGGGAGGAAGAUUAUAGUGAUGAAGAAAUGGAUGUUGAUGAGUUAGAAAGGAGGAUGUGGAGAGACCGAAUGCUUUUAAGGCGUCUUAAAGAUCAAAACAAAGGAAAAGAGGUCGAUAAUGCAAAACAACGCCAGUCUCAAGAACAAGCAAGGCGAAAGAAAAUGUCUCGGGCUCAAGAUGGUAUCCUGAAAUACAUGCUUAAGAUGAUGGAAGUUUGUAAAGCUCAAGGGUUUGUUUACGGAAUUAUUCCGGAGAAUGGGAAACCCGUUAGCGGAGCGUCUGAUAAUCUUCGUGCAUGGUGGAAGGAAAAAGUUCGGUUUGAUAGAAACGGGCCGGCAGCAAUCGCGAAAUACCAGGCCGAUCAUUCGAUUUCCGGGAGAAACGAGGAUAAUUGUGCUGUGGUUUCCACUCCUCACACGUUGCAAGAGCUUCAAGACACCACACUCGGUUCCCUUUUGUCUGCUCUGAUGCAGCAUUGUGACCCUCCACAGAGGAGGUUUCCAUUGGAGAAGGGUGUUGCGCCGCCGUGGUGGCCCACCGGAGAUGAGGAAUGGUGGUCCCAACUUGGCCUGCCGAAAGAACAUGGCACACCACCAUACAAGAAACCGCAUGAUCUAAAAAAAGCGUGGAAAGUUGGUGUUUUGACGGCUGUUAUCAAGCACAUGUCUCCCGAUAUUGCCAAAAUUCGCAAGCUUGUUCGGCAGUCAAAAUGCUUGCAAGACAAGAUGACCGCUAAAGAGAGUGCCACAUGGCUUGCUAUCAUUAACCAAGAGGAGACAUUAUCACGAAAACUAUAUCCUGACAGCUGUCCUCCGAUAUCAUCAGCUGGUGGAACCGGGUCGUAUCUCAUUAGCGAUACCAGCGAUUAUGAUGUGGACGGUGUGGAAGAUGAUCAAACCGUUGAAUUAGAAGAGUGCAAGCCGCAACCUCGUGAUGUGAAUAAUCUUUACAGUAUGGGGCUCAUGGGUCCAGCUGAUAGGCUCAUGGUCCCUCAACUGGCUCAAGUCAAGGGUGAGCUCAUUGACGUCCCGAGCCCGGAUAAUUUCGUUCAGAAACGGAAGCAACCAUCUGAUGAACAGCAGCCUGCUAUGAUGGAACAGAAGAUAUUCACAUGUGAAUUUCCUCAAUGCCCUUACAGUGACAUCCGUGUUGGAUUUCAAGACAGAUUUUCAAGAAACAAUCACCAGAUGAGUUGUCCUUAUCGCUCUACACCUAAUCCGAAUCAUAAUCCUUCUCGUGGCGGAACGCUAAACUUCCAAAUGAACAACCACAUCCAGAAAGAACCUGUUUUCACUAUCCCUGCCUUUGCUCAGCCCAAGAUCACCACGGCUCCGCCUGUCAACCAAGACAGUGCACCCUCCUACGGUGGUUUGAAUUCACAACUUGGACUUCCUGGAGAUGGUCAAAGAGCGAUAUCUGACCUCAUGUCAUUCUACGAUACUAAACAUCAACAGACCAACAGAAGUCUCAACUCCGGGAAUCUUGAUGUCAUCGGUGACCACCAGAACCAGAAGCAAAAGUUUCCCAUCCAACUCGAUGACUUUUUUGGACACGGUGUCGAAACCAACAUUCCUUCCAAUCAAUCUACAUUCUUGCCACCAGGAUUCCAGUUUGACAACAAAACACCAUACAAUUCUGGUUUUGAUGCAAACAACCUGAAUACGAACGAAAAUAACCUGGAUUUCAGAUUUGUUUCACAGUCGCCGUUCACUCUAGGAGGAGUCGACUUUUCUGGGGAUCCAAAUCCAAACGCGGAUAUAAACAUGUGGUAUCUUUGAAAGCAUCAAGAAGACUCGAAACAAGUUAAGAGUCGCCAUUAACAGGUGAAAAAAAAUUAAGCACCCUCUUCUUCCUUAAUCUAUAGUAUAGUAUCAAGUUAGUUAUAUCCUGGUGGUUAUUAUUACCCAACUUUCUAUGGACUUCUGUGUUUUUUACGCUUCUUGAUACUGGUUGUGUAACAUAUAUUUUGUUUAUAUAAGUGGUGUAUUGUGUCAAAAGAUUUCUUGAUCAUUACAAUC